AUGCUGCGUGGUGCCCUCAUUGGGUCAAAGAGCGCGCCGGCCGCCCUUGCGUGCUGCCUGGGCCCUAGUCAGCAGCGUCGCCAUGUGCGCUACGCAAACAUUCAAGAGACUCUCCGCCCGCAGGCGGGGCACAGCGCGGGGCAAAUGUCAAUUCUCAACGAGAUAUGCUGCAAUCCCGACGCCGAGGAGGAGCGUCGCAAGCCCAUCUUUCGACAUGAGGUCGCCCCACGCGUUUCAUCUGCUCUGGACGCAAAGAAUUAUUUGCGGACGAUGUAUCAAUGGGGUUUCAACUCCCUCUCACUCUUCCGCAAGACGAAUGAGGACCCUGGGCCCUGGUGGAACGCGAACAGCAGCACACUGGUGUCAAACUGGACGCAGGUGGGAGACUACGCAAAUGCAGGCAUGUGGUCGGGCGUCUGGCGAUACACGUAUGGGGUGGGCGAGUAUAACCUACGUCCGUAUGAGGUGCGGGGACGUGCCUGGGGACGUCGUUUCAAUAAAGCGGGCGCAAUGGUCAUUGACUACUACUACAAUUGUGGGAAUACAAGGGAGAAGACUACGCCGCCUCAGCUUCUUAUGUUUCCGCACACACCAGAGCAUCAGAUGCACCGCCGCCUUAAAAAUCCUCCUCUCCAUGGAUUUCGAGACAUCAGCUCACUACAUGGGAAGCGCAUUUUGCGGGAAAUACAGUACCAUUUAGGUCAGGGAUUACGCUUUUACCUCAUCGAUGGCGUCUUUGGAAGUCAUCCGGCCACUCAAACACCCUAUCGUAUCAUCACCGACAACCCGACGCACGCCUACUUUGCAUCCCUUGCAGCUAUACGUAAAUUUAAUUAUGUAGCACAGCAAGAAAUCAUGCUAUCGAAGCGCAUCUCUCAAUCUCCCAUUGAUGAGUGGGGAUGGCGGCGGCCUGGUGUACUGGUAUACCAUGCUCCCGGCUGGGAUUUUGAGAGUCCCCGUAUUGUUGAGGAGUUUGGUGGACCCCGUCCACAAGACUUAUCUCUUGAGCAUCCCAAAUUCAUUGCAUUGGAGCCGUACAGUAUCCCUAUGAAGGCAGCUAUUGCGGCCGAGCCAAGCUGUGACGUUUUACUUGAUGUCACGGCUUUCUUGUGUGCUCGAUGGGGGUUUUACGCGGAUGACAAGGGACUUUUGACUGUUGCCGCAGAAAGUGUUCUGAGCCCGGAUGCUAAAAAGCUUACGCUGGUUAUAUGCAGUUCAGAGGCGGAGGCGGAUAUUCUUCGGGCGUCGCCGUACCUGUUUGGCGCACGCCACCACCGCAUCGCUGAAGGGUGGGUGUCUCGUGCGUGGGAUGUCGUCUCUACGCCUACGGAUAAGGUAGAUGUUGGGGAGCACGAUUUGGUAGAAAAAAGCUUGGGUCGCGUGCAGAAGCCCCUUUCGGAGCGCAUUGGUUUGUACAAGGCGCGUUCACACCGCCACUAUGGCCGUCGUCAUGUCUCUGGCUUUGGGUAUAAGUUGCCCCAUACGUACACGGACGAUUCGGCCAGCAAGGCAGCGGCGGGGGGUCAUUUAUUUUCGUCUCCUCCGAAUGAUGCCCUUGCGGCACAUCCGGCACGGCCCAACGCCUUUAAACUAUCUUCUGUGAACGUCAUUGUAGUGGGAUCAGGCUCAAAUGCCGCCAAAAUUAUCAUAGAUGGACUUGACAAAAAGAGAAUGUUGUAUGCAGAGGCAGACAAACUGCAGAUAGCGCUUGAGACGGCGCUGAAGGAGGCAAAAGACGUGCGUGUGUUAGAGCCGGCUUCGGCAGCAGCUGAGUUGCAGAAGCUUGCCCGGUCCGGCGCUGUUUGA